AUGAACAAGGCAAUGACCAACGAUGACCAGUUGUCACUGAACAAGCCAGGACAGAUGUCAGUGAUCAAGCCAGGACAGCCGUCAGGGAACAAGCCAGGACAGAUGUCAGUGAUCAAGCCAGGACAGCCGUCAGGGAACAAGCCAGGACAGCCGUCAGGGAACAAGCCAGGACAGCUGUCAGGGAACAAGCCAGGACAGCCGUCAGGGAACAAGCCAGGACAGCCGUCAUGGAACAAGCCAGGACAGCCGUCAGGGAACAAGCCAGGACAGCCGUCAGGGAACAAGCCAGGACAGCUGUCAGGGAACAAGCCAGGACAGCCGUCAGGGAACAAGCCAGGACAGCCGUCAGGGAACAAGCCAGGACAGCCGUCAGGGAACAAGCCAGGACAGCUGUCAGGGAACAAGCCAGGACAGCCGUCAGGGAACAAGCACACACCACCAUGUGGACAAAGCCUUAACGUUAAGCAAGGGGUCAAGAAAACACAGGUCAAUGAUCUGGACCUAUUAAUUGCCCCGACCACACUUUGCACGCUCAGUUGA